ACGUUUUUUUAAAAACCAAACUCCAUGUGGCAUCACAUGGCAUCAUCCAGAAUCAUGUAAGUACCUACACCCCUUUUCAAUUUCCAUCUUCCAUCUUCCAACUUCCUUUUCUUUCCAUCUCUGUUAUCAUCCAUCUUCCUUUCUUCCUCUGUUUGUCAGACCUCUUCUUUCCACCUAUGUUAUCUUCUUUUUUAUUUUCCCAGCCCCUUUAAUUUCCACCCUCCGUAUAUGGCUUCUUCAAGGACUCUAUCUCUCUCUUGGAUCUAUCGAACCCCAUGGGCUGCAGCGAUUCCUCUCAAACACGAUUUUUCGUGUCCCCUUCGGAAGAUGUGUAGAGCUCUUGCUCGGGUGCUUGCACCACCUCCUUCCACUCUUGGGUUGUUACCACCUCCUUUCUUGCUAAGGAUGUUGGUUUCUUUGGCUUUGGGAAGUGUUUUCCCUGGUUUGCUCUUGGAUUGGCUGUUGGUUCCCUCUUGGUGCUUUGGUGGUUUCGUUUUUGUAGGAGUUAUUGGGUCUUUGAUGGUCGGUUUAUGUAUUGCAAGGAAUUUUCAGAUUUGUAGCUUUUGUUUUUGUUUUGUGUGUUUUGUUAUGUUUGCAGUUCUUUCACUCAUCAUUAGUCCUGGUGGCGAUGUCUCGAUUUUCAUGGAAGCUGCGGCAGCAGUACUUUGGCGUUUGGUGGUGUUUCUGCCUUUGGUUGGCUCUGGCUUUAUGCCAGCUUUGUACUCUGACUUUAUGUCAGUUUUGUGUUAUGGCUUUAUGCCUGUUUAAGUUUUAUUUCUAGUAGGCUUUUACUGUUGCAUUUGUUUGUCUUGUAAUGGGCAUUGCCUUUCUAUCAAUGAAACUUGAUUCUGAACAAAAAAAAAAAAAAAAAAGAGGGCUCAUGUCUUUCUUUUCUGAAUUUACGAAUCUAUCAGUCGAGGUCUCCGGUUCAAAUCCCUCGGCCGAUGCGAAAUUAAGGAGAGCGUAUUCGCAGAAAGAUAAGCUCCGCGUGGAGCGGGAGACUCUGCAGGCUGUGCUCGAGCAGUGCCAGAGAGCCCUCGAGUCGCUCGACACCACUGGGGGUGCUGACGGAGACGGUGAUGGAGAGGAUGACGGUGAGGAUGAAGACGAUGAUGACGAUAACUGUUCUCGUGGUGCGGUCGAUGACGAUGAGAGCCAGCAAGGCCGCAGAUCGACGAGUUCGCGCCCUAACUGCGAAGCCGACGAGUCAUUCAUUGUUCUUACUCCCUAAAAUUAUGGUGGAGGAUGUUGGGUGCUCUCGGAGCGGAGUGGGUCAUUCCUAAAGGGUGUUUUGAGCUCCUUAGUAUCAAUUUGAGGGUCGGGAAGGGGAAGAGAGCUGGAAUCCUUCGAGAUUGUCUAGUUCAUGCUAUAUUCUGGAAUAUCUGGAUGGAGCGUAAUCGAAGAAUUUUUCAGGGUCAUAUAGGAGUAGGGUUGAGGAAUUAUGGGAUAGAAUUAAAUUUUGGGCAUCUCUUUGGGCUUCGGUUUCGGGGCAGUUUAAGGAUUAUCACUACUCUAUCAUCUUGAGAGACAUGACGGCUGUCUUAAGAUGAUGUUACUUAUGUUUUUGUGUUUUUAAUUACAGAAUCUUUCUGUCUUAGUUGGUCAGAUACUCUUCAUUAUAG